AUGUCCCCCAAUGAAAGCAAUAACGUUCAGCCCGUACAUGUUCUUCCAGACUUUGAGGAUUCAUCUCCAGAAAACAAUAAAUUGUUGUUGGCAGAAGAACAAGCAAAAAGUGAAAAGAAGAAUUCCACAUUUUUCACUUGUUUUAAUUAUGCGGGUGUGAUUGUGAUGGUAAUUGGUACAAUCUUGGUCUCCAUUGCUGUGUACAUUGGCUAUUCAUAUCAAAAUAACAAAAUAGUGGUUCAAGUCAAAGAGUUUUCUGAUAAACUCAUUCUGCUAAAUAAUACUUUCUUUGCUGAGAAAACUGUCCACUUCAUUCCAAAAAUCAAGGAGCCUAUAUUUUCACGAGAAUUUUCUAGAGCCAUUAAGACAAUGCAAUCAUGCAAUAUUCAGAAACAGUUAAUGUGGUAUUUUUAUGGAGAGAGUGGUAUUGGGAAAACCACAAUGCUGCAAGUGGUUUUGCAAGAACUGAAUCCCCAAACCUAUAUUUAUGUUAAUUUGGAAAGUGGAAACUCUUGGAAAGAUAUUGGGAUUAAGCUUAAACUGAUUUCUGUUCAAGAAGAGGCAACAGACUUUGUAAUUUUCCAUACUUUAAGGGACUAUUUGGAGAUAAUGAAAGAGCAAUGCCCUAUCAUUGUAAUUGAUGGAGCCAACAGAAACCCAGAAAUUACAAACAAGUUUAUUGCUUUUUGGCGAGAUGUCAGUUGUAGUGGAAGGCCUUUUGGAUUACUCAUGCUGUCCUCUGAUGGAGUUGCAGCACAAUCAAUUUCACUGGGUGGUGGUAGAGUUACUCUUAAUGAGCUUUCACCAUCUAACGAAUUUGCUAGAGAAUUCUUAAAGGCUGAAUUUGGAAUAGAAGAUUCAGCUCUUGUUUUGGAAAUUAUCAAUAUAACAGGAAACAACAUUAUUUACAUGCAAAAAGUUGAAAGGAUGUCUGAUGGUCAAGUUGAUUUGCUUGGAUUGGAAAAGCUUGUUCGAAAAGAUAUCCAUUUUCAUCUUGACGAAUUGCAGAAAAAAGAAAGAGCCUACAAGUACUUUAAAAAGUUGGUAAAAGUUUUGCUUUUUGAGCCAGAAAAAAGUGAGGUUAUAUUAGCAACCAUUCCUGCAAAACAAGCACAGAUAAUUUUCAGCUCUAACCUGUUAAGAAAAGGUGAAUAUGACUAUACAUUCCAAAAUUCGGCAGUGGAACGGUUUUUCAGAAAGGAUCACUCAAAAUUAAAAUUGGAAACUUAA